UUUUGUUGUUGUAGGACUCCAUCCUACGGUGCUCCGAGAAGGACAUUAGACCUCGAAAACUCAAUCGACUCUGCGCAGCGAAACUGCGUCCUGAAUAGGAGGGCGGUGGUUUGAUUAACGGUGCUACUGUCUUUAUCAGAGACUACAGGUAUUGUGUGUACAGUGAUGCUGCGCGACAGGAUAAGGCCAAGCGGAGCUCCGGCGACAGUGAUGCUGCUGCUGAUGAUGCUGCUGCAGCUCCUCUGUUUCAAUCCAGUUCAUGCCGAGGAAUCAGGGACGGUCAUUCCCUCUGAGAGCCGGCCAUGUGUUGAUUGUCAUGCCUUUGAGUUCAUGCAGAGAGCCUUGCAAGACCUGAAGAAAACAGCUUUCAACUUAGACUCACGGACGGAGAGUUUGGUGCUGAGGGCCGAGAGGAGGGCACUGUGUGACUGCAUGCCUGCCAGCAGCCUGCGCUAAAACCCAGCCGAACACAGACACGCACUCAGUCAUAGAAAUCUUUAUAUAACUUAAGGAUACUACCUGCUCUCUCGGUCAUACACAUUAUCUCAAACAUGUUUCCAGUCACAUUUUACAUGAAGCGUUUUAUCUUUCAUUGUAAUAUGUACAUAGAGCAUCAUAAAUACACAUUCCUGACUAAAGACGUAAAACAAAACAUUCCACAGUUAAAAUGUCACCGUUGAGAGGCACACACAUAUUAUGGCAGCAGCUAAUACAUCAAACUUUCCAUAAGUGUGUAUAAAGAGAAAGUGUUUCCUCUCCAGGCACAAUGCACUGCAAAAUAUACUAUAAACGUUACAUACAUUUUCUAUCAUAAUUAUUUGCACAGCACACAGUUUUUUUUUUUUUUUUUAACUGUUAACUGCUUUUUAUAUUUGUUUUCUAGAAAUAUAUGAUCAACAGUCACAAUAGUUGAGCAGAUAUUAGAUUUAUUAAAUAUCAGUAUUUAAAAGUAGAUCUUCAGGCGUUGUUUUAGAGAGUUUGCUGUGAGAUUAUUAGAUGAUAGAUAUAUGAUUAGAAAAGUACCUGCAUGUAAAGUGAUAGUCUAGAAUUUUAUAUGAGAUUUAUGAAGGAGGAAUAAGAAAAGAUGGUUUCCUAUAGAGAUUACUUUGGUACUAAGAUGUAAGUUCACAACUGUAACAAUGUCUUUUUGUGUGUAGAGAAAGUGCAUUAAAACGUGAUGUAUUUCA